ACACUCCCGCUCUGAUCACUGCCCGAAUUAGAAAAUCCUCGAGGAGUUUAUUCUCCCAGAGCCAUUGGCGGAGAACACCCUCGGGAGAAACGAUUAAAAGGGGAAUAAAAUGGGUAUAAUGCACACCGGCAGGAUGCUCUUUUUGGUUUGCUUCUGCAGGUUCGGCAUCGUAAUCAUCAUCGUCCGCGUCGUAGCUAUCGUCGUUUGUCGCGGUUCCCCCCCCCCCCUCAACAAAUAUCAUGCUUUUUCUGUUACCGCCAGGAUCCGCUUCGGAAUAGCGUCCAACGUCCCUGCACCGCCGGCUAUUCCUGUUGCGUACAUCGUGGCCGUUGAUUAGCCCAUGAGUUCCUCACCACCAAGUCCCCUAGUGAUGCCACUAAACCUGCUACCAUGCCCCAUU